CAACACCAACAGGAGAGGGGAAAAAAACUGUUUUUGUCUUCCUCUAUAACAUAGCCACUAAAGAAAGACAAUUUAAAAACAAACAGAGGAUUGUUUGCGUUUCUUAUUUUUUUCAAAUGCACCCGAAAAAUAGGAUUCCAAGUAGCGGUCGCAGCACCCCAUCACCGCCGUCAUCACCACUGCGUUCACCGAGGUACCGCCAGGGGAGGAAGUCGGGCCGGUUCAGCCCGUUCCAACCGGGGAGGACCAUUGCCCAUCGUCUCGCUUGGUUACUUCUUUCGGUUCUUCUUCGUCGACAAGGGAUUUUCCUUUUUGCUCCUCUCAUUUACAUCUCUGGGAUGCUUCUUUAUAUGGGCACCGUUUCCUUUGAUGUCGUUCCCGUUAUUAAACACCGACCCAUACCCGGCUCCGUUUACCGGAGUCCUCAGCUUUAUGAGAAGCUUAACAUUGAUAUGAAUGCCGAUAAUUCCUCUGUUGAUGCGAUUUCGACUAUUUGGAAAAAUUUCUAUAAGGGGGGGGAGUGGAGGCCUUGUUUAAAUAAGUCAUCUGAAGGCUUGCCUGAAUCAAAUGGUUACAUAUAUGUUGAAGCUAAUGGAGGCUUAAAUCAGCAGAGGACAUCGAUAUGCAAUGCAGUUGCUGUGGCUGGCUAUCUUAAUGCAACACUUCUAAUCCCAAAUUUCCAUUUUCAUAGCAUAUGGAGAGAUCCCAGCAAAUUCAAAGAUAUCUAUGAUGAAGAUUAUUUCAUCAGUGCCUUGAAGAAUGAUGUACGGAUUGUUGAUAAGAUUCCUGAGUACAUAAUGGAACGAUUUGAUCACAAUUUGACCAAUGUUUACAACUUCAGAAUUAAAGCAUGGUCGUCCAUUCAUUAUUUUAAGGAUGUAGUCCUACCCAAGCUCCUUGAAGAAAAGAUUAUAAGGAUUUCUCCUUUUGCAAAUCGCUUAUCAUUUGAUGCUCCUCCAGCUGUUCAAAGACUCAGGUGCUUGGCAAAUUAUGAAGCUUUACGGUUUUCAAGUCCAAUACUAAACCUUGGGGAAACUUUGGUUGCGAGAAUGAAAGAGAUCAGUGCAAAUAGUGGUGGCAAGUAUGUUUCUGUACAUCUUCGUUUUGAGGAGGAUAUGGUUGCCUUCUCUUGUUGCGUAUUUGAUGGUGGGGAGCAGGAAAAACAAGACAUGAUAAAAGCAAGGGAAAGAGGUUGGAAAGGGAAGUUUACAAAACCUGGUCGAGUUAUACGCCCUGGAGCAAUCAGAAUAAAUGGGAAAUGUCCACUUACUCCUUUAGAGGUUGGAUUGAUGCUUAGAGGAAUGGGGUUUGAUAACAAUACAUAUAUCUUUUUGGCUUCUGGAAAAAUAUACAAUGCUGAGAAAACAAUGGCUUCAUUAUUAGAAAUGUUUCCCAACUUGCAAACAAAAGAGAUGUUGGCGACCAAGGAAGAACUUGCACCAUAUAAGAACUUCUCUUCCAGAAUGGCUGCCAUAGAUUAUACUGUCUGCCUUCAUAGUGAGGUAUUUGUGACUACUCAAGGUGGGAAUUUUCCUCAUUUUCUGAUGGGCCACAGGAGAUACUUGAAUGGAGGACACUCCAAAACAAUUCGACCAGACAAGCGGAAGUUGGCAUUAGUGUUUGAUAAUCCUAAUAUUGGGUGGAAAAGUUUUAAGCGACAAAUGCUGAAUAUGCGGUCUCAUAGUGACUCUAAGGGAUUUGAGCUGAAAAGGCCUAGUGAUUCGAUAUAUACUUUUCCAUGCCCUGAUUGCAUGUGUCGUACAAACAAAUCAGCCGCAUCAAGAACAUCAUCAGGAACAUGAUCGACUUGGAGAGGGAUUUUGAGGAGCAUUUCUUAUACCUGUAUGAUUUAGUGAGCACAACUUGCUGCUGGCCCCGCUUUUUGUGUCCGACUUUUUAAUUUUGUUAUCCUCUUCAUGUUGCAAGAGGGCACACGAUCAGGUUUUGGGAGCUUUGAUGAUUUUUUUCAGAGGUCACAUUGAUCUAUCGAUCAAAUUACUUCACCAGGAUUGAGUUGAUGGGGAGUUGCAUCUUUUUGUAUAUGAUGCCAGAGAACAGGAGAUCGACAAUUUUUCUACGAGGGGUAAUCCCAUCAUUAACCGGAGAGAUUGUUUCACGAUUGCGGUUACAGCUGCUGUAUCUAGUAAGGCUGUUGGUAUAACACAUUGUAUACUUUCACACCCUAGUUUUGUUAUUGUUUGUAAAAUAAUUUCAGUUUGAAGUGUUAAGACGGGGAGGAAUUUGGUGUACAUAUUGUCAGAAAUCAGGGUCCUUAUUUUUCAUGUAUAACUCAUUUAGAUUCCAAGAAUUUCUCAGCAAUUCUUGCUGGAUAUUUAAUCCUUUAAUCAUUUUUAGUCAUUGGUCUGUUUCAGACAUUUGUCUCACAUCUGUAUUGUCUUUAAACUUGUGCAGAAAACACAGCAGUUGUUUUUCAAGGGUUUUUGC